AUGAUUAUGACGAUUGACAGGAAGAGGGUAGGUUCAAUGGAAGUAAUGAACAAUAAAAGGUUUCAUGAAGAUGACCGAAAUAACAAUGAACAAAAUGAUUUCAAUGAUAAAUUUUACACAAGUUAUAUCCAACAAGCCCUUGAUAACAAUAAUGUGGACCAAAUUAAUAAUCUUACCAGAAAAUUAACCCUUCCUUCAAGUGAUAGAGACAGUUUGACAACACAAGAUUACAUCAUCAUAUUAAGAUAUUUAUCAAGAAAUAUCUCCAAGUUAGAUAACGAAGAUAAUUCUUCAUUUAUAAUAUCCAUCAUCAACUAUAAAUUUGUUAGCAUAAAUAAAGGGGAAGUUGAAAGUUAUAUUCAUUUUUUCAAAGUUUUGAUAAGUUCCAUUCCCAAAUAUAUUUCUAAAGUCAUUAAUCAAAUAGCGGAAGAUUUCAAAUCCAAUAAAUUUAUCUCUCCAGAUGGAGAAGAUAGAGAAGUCAUCAAACCAUCGCAUGAAAUUUUAAGAUAUAUGAUUAAUUUUAACCCAACUAUUGUUUCCCAAUUACCAGGUUACUUCUUGAAGCACUUUCCUCAUCAUUUAGCCGAUGUUGUUGUAUUAAAAAAUUACGUAGGGAAUUUAUUGAAGGUUAUUCAGUAUAACGAUAGUUUGAAAUAUGAUAUUUGGAAGCUCAUCAUAGAAUGUUGCAUCAAAUUGGAUGUCGAAUUACAAAACGAUUUAGAUGAUUUGGAUGACGAAGAAAUUGAUGAGUUGAUAAAUGGCGAUGAAAAUGACGAUAUUGAUGAUGAAAAAGAUGAUGAUGAUGACGAUGAUGAUGAUGAUGAUGACGAUGACGAUGAUGACGAUUCUGAGAGUGAUUAUGAUAGUAGUGAUGAUGAAGGGCAAGAAGUUUAUGCUCCUACUACUGAUAUCAAAGACGUUAAAUCUCUAGUUUUCAAACUCGAUGAGAUACUAAAUCUACUCAUCGAACACACAGACAAAAUUUUUGUAGGUGAAGAAUUACCUGUAGAAGCCAUGAACUUACAUGUCAUGUUUAAAAAAUUAUUUCAAAGUCACAUUUUACCCACACAUUUCACCAAAUCCAUUCAAUUUUUAAUAUUUCAUACCACACAAUCUAACUGUACAUUAGCUGAAGAUUUCAUAGUUUGUCUCACCAACAUAAUAUUCAACCCCGAUGGUGCAUUGGAGAAUAAAUUGAAGUCCAUGCAAUAUUUAUCAUCAUUCAUUGCUAGAUCUCCGGUUUUGACUAAAGAUCAAAUCCUUGUGGUGGUAAGUUACUUAAUAAAUUGGCUCAAUAAUUAUUUGGUUGAAAGAGAACACGAGAUUUCAAUCAUUGGUAAAGGUGGAAUGGAAAGAUUCAAAUUAUUUUACUCUGUUUUUCAAGGAUUAGUGUACAUCUUCUGUUUCAGAUAUAAGAUUCUAAAUGUUAAUGAAGAUUGGGAAUUGGACAUUGACAAAUUUUUCCAAAGAAUUAUCAUAAGUAAGUUUAAUCCCUUGAAAUUCAUAGAUGAAACUGUUUGUUUCAUUUUUGCUAAGAUAUCUACGAAAUUGAAUGUGUGUUACUGUUAUUCUAUCAUCGAAAACAAUAAAAGAGAAAAGAUGAUUAAUAAGAACAAUGCACCUCAAGUUCAAAUGAACUUCAAACAGAAACAAGAAUUUUUGGAUUUACAAGGUUACUUCCCAUUCGAUCCUUUGGUAUUACCCUCAACUAAAAGUAAGAUCAACAAGAGAUAUAUCGAAUGGUCCCAAGUAAACCCAAAUAUUGACGAUGAUGAAUUCGGUAGCACGGAUGAUGAUGAUUAG